AUGGGGACCGUUGAAGAAACGUUGAAGUGCCCUGCCUGCCAGGAUUUAUUCACGGAUCCUGUGAAACUCCCAUGCAGACAUGACUUUUGUCUGACCUGCAUCCAGACUGUCUGUGAGGAAGGUCCUCUUUUCUGCCCAGAGUGUCAGAUCCUGCUACCACCCAACCUCACACUGGAGAUAGAUGCAAGCCUUCAAAGCAAAGUGAAGGAUUUCAUGAUCAAAUCAUCAACACCGGUGCUACCGACAGAAAUCAAAUCUUCUUUAACUAUCUUCUGUGACCACUGCAUAGAGACGCCAUCAGAAGCUAUUAGGACCUGCCUGACCUGUGACGCCUCACUAUGCCAAGCUCAUGCCCUGUUGCACCAGCAAAGAUCAGCACUGAGGGAGCACACUGUGGUGGAGGUGACACAGGAUCUGCUGUCUUUAAAAUGCAAAGAGCACCGUGACGAGCUAAAGCUCUUUUGCUUGGAGGAGCGAGUCCCUGUUUGCUGUUUGUGCGUCCUGAGGAUGUUGGAGACAACUGUGAAACAACUGCUGCAGAUGAGAUGCGAAGCAGAGAACGCCAUUAAGGACUUGGAGUUCAUGUAUACACAAACAGUGAUGUCUUCAGCGGACUUCAGAGAAAGAAUAUCAGACAAGUACAACAGGAUCCGAGUUGUGCUGGAUGGCGACGAGCGUCUGAUGAUGCAGAUCAUUGACGCAGAGGAGGAAUGUAUGAGCGAGUGGCUGGAAGCACAGAGAGGAAUCAUGGACGCUCGCAUCAAGGAGAUAGAUGACCUAAGAGUUUCCAGUAAACUACUCCUACAAGAAACACAUGACUUGAGCUUCAUUCAGCAAAUCACCGCACAGAAUCUGUGUGACCCUCCAAAGUUGGCACCCAUUCAGCAAAUAGACAAAGAGCUGUCUGAGCCUGACAAGCUAAGAACAAUAGAGAAGCUGGUGGAUGACCUGUCAGUGGCUCUGUCUCAGCACUUUCCCCGAAUGUGGUCCUAUCUAAGUUGUCCUGCUCUCGACUUGAAAACAGCCCACCCAAAGCUGGAGAUAUCGCAGGAUGGGAGACAAGUGUGCUGGGGAGUGCAACCUGACAGUCGGGCUCCAACCACACAGCCAUAUGAUUCCCAAUACAGUGUCUUGACUCAGAAGAGUUUUAUAACUGGACAACACUACUGGGAAGUCAUUGUACAGGAGAAACCGUACUGGCUGAUCGGUGUCACCACUGGUCCGGUCACUGGAGACGUUGGUCUGAGUCUGAGGCCUUCUGGUCUGGGUGUGAAUAAGACUUCCUGGUGCAUAUACCAUGGUGAGGGACAGUACAUGGCGUGCCAUGACACCCAGGAAAAACAGCUACAAAUUGGAAAGAAAGUCAGAAAGUUGGGCAUACUGGCAAAUCUCCCAAAGGGGGAGCUGUCGUUCUACAAUGCAGACACCGUGACCCUGCUACACUCUUUCUGUGUGGAGAGCAAAGAGCCUCUUUUCCCAAUGUUUAACCCCUGCAUUGAUGUAAAUGGACUGAACAGGCAUCCCCUGACCAUGUUUUGGAUUAAGGACCCCUGGGAUUGGAGUGUCAACACAGAUGGAGGCGACGAGUGA